UUCAUAAGAACAGAUAAUACAAAUUUCUUAAAUACUAAAAGUAAUUGCCUGAGAUUUUCGGACAGUCUGGCAACGCUGAUCAGCUGUUGCAGUUCGCUUUGUGUUUUGUAUGCAUACGUUUCAUUAGUAAUUAAAUCUUUUGCGUCCUAAAAGCAACACUCGAAUAAUGGUUAAAAAAAGUAAAAGUGGUUGUAAGAAAAGAGGUAAAAUCCAUAGGCACCGCCAUAAAAAAGAGAAGCACCUAUCCCCCCGUAAAAGCCGUAGAGCCCUGCUAACACUUUCAUCAGCCCCAAACACGUGCCAAAAAAUUGCAGAACCAGCGCUAGCUGAGCCCGCGCCAACAUGUUCUGCUGCAGGUGGCCAAAUGGACGGGGUGCUGCUGCAGAUGCAAAAAUACGUUCUGCGCACGCGUCAGGCCCCCAAAAUCCAAGAAAAAAAAGAUUUGUGAAAAACUGUGUGAGUUCCAGAACAAAUUUCCAGAAAAUUGAAUCAUUGCCAUUUUGUGCAAGCAGGAAAAUUGGCCAAAAAGUGUAACUAACCCCACAAAAAAAAAAAAAAAAAACCCAAAUAAUAACCAUAAAAAAGAGAUGGAACAAAUCUGGCGUAAUAUAUGUGCACACUAUGAUGUGCCCGAGGAUGUGACCAACACCUGGUAUGCUCGCAUUGAGCAGCAUCUGAGCGAUGAUAGUCCCACGCGCGCCUAUCACAACUGGCAGGAGAUGAUGCAGCGCAAGCACGACCAUUUGACCGACUGUGCGCCCAGCAUUGCACUGGCCGCGUUCUUUCAGUAUUAUCAUUUCGAUGGCAAUCGCAGCUGUGUGCAGGAGAAUUGCGAGGUAUUCGAGGAGUUUUGUCGCGAUGCCAUGAUUGAGGAUGAGCACGCCAAGUCGCUUGUGUGCAAUCUGUUGGGGCGCAAGACGCCCGACAAUGAGGUCACCUGGUCGCACGAUGACGAGGCCAAUUUGUUGCAGGAUGUGGAUCUGGUUGUACUUGCUGCUCCGCCGGAAGAAUACAAGCACUACACUCAGCUGCUGCGUCACGAGUACGCCAAUCUGGAUGAUGAGAGCUACAAAAUGAUGCGUGUCAAGGUGCUGGAGACAUUGCUGCUCAUACCAGCGAUAUAUGCCACGCCUGAAUACCAUGAGAAGUACGAGGAGCUGGCACGUGCCAACAUACGCAAUGAGAUUAGAGAGCUCAAGCAGUGAACGCUUGACCAGACGGUGCUCAAGGGUCAAGGGGGGUUCACAGUCAAAGUAUCAAAUUUUCAGCUUUUAUCUAAUAUCUGUGUUGCCUUUUGUAACUAAAUGUUGUCAUCUGUGUUGUGUUUAAGUAACAAAAAAAAAAAAAAAGAAACAUAUGAUUGAGACACACGAAAUCGAUUAGAUAAAGAAAUUUCUUGUCUAAUUGAUAUAAAUGAUCUCAACUGAAAUGGAAAAGCGAAGCGCCAAUCAUAAUGUAGUAGAAUACAUUUUCAACUCUUUUAAGUGUCUAGCCACAGAGGUAUUUUAAUCAAAAUGAAAUGUACUCAAAAUUGUAACAGUUUUGAUAUAUGAUAAUAAUUGAUAUCCAAUAUGUAAUUCAAUUCAAUAAAUUUGGUGUAUAUAAAAACAAGCUGAUAAUCUGUAGUUUUACUCAAAGCACCUGAGUGUAAACUCUGUUAAAUGAAAUGC